AUGUUCUUUACAACGUACCUACUCAUACGCUUCAUAUACUGGAUCAAUUACAUCUUCAGACAACUAUCUAACUUGCUCAUUGGAACUGUUCUUGAACAUAAAUUUGACCUAGCAUUAGUCACUGGUGGCGGUUCAGGAUUGGGCAAAGAAUUUGUGUUGCAACUUGUGAGUAGAAAAGUUAGAGUGGUGGUACUCGAUAUUACAAUCCCACAAGAGACGGAGCGAGUGGUUGGUGUGACCUAUUUCAAAUGUGAUGUGAGCAAUAGAGAGCAUGUUUUAGAAGUUCAAAAACAGGUCCAACUGUCGAUCGGAAUAGUAACCAUUUUGAUUAAUAAUGCUGCAAUUGCAACCGGGAAACCAUUGUUAGAUCUAUCAUUUCAGGAAAUUGAGAAAACCAUUCAAACCAAUCUCAUGUCAAGCUUUUACACGAUAAAGGCCUAUCUACCCAGCAUGAUCCUGAUUGAACGUGGAUACAUUGUUACAAUUGCGUCAGUUUUGGGAUACAUGUCGCCAGCACGAUUGAGUGCAUACGGAGCAUCGAAAUCUGGUCUCAUUGCAUUGCACGAAUCACUCACGUAUGAACUUGGAUCACCGACUUUUAGCUCCAACGGAAUUAAAACGUUGCUUGUUUGUCCGGGACAAAUUAGCACAACAAUGUUUAAAGGAGUGAGAACACCGACACAAAUCUUUGCACCAGAAUUAGAUCCCAAGUUUGUCGCUUCAUAUGUUAUACUGGCAAUUCUGCAAGGCAGGAGGGGCGAGAUCAAGUUGCCCUUUUACGGUAAGUUCCUUCCACUAUUCAGGGCUUUUCCAUGGCCAAUUGUUGCGUUGGCUCGAAAAUUAUCGGGGAUUGAUAAGAGUAUGGCAAAUUUCAAAGCUAAGGUGUCAAGAGUUGCUAGUAGCGUAUCGUCAAUGAUUAGCAGAUCGAGGAAUGGAUCAAGUGAAAACUCUCCAAUGUUGUUGAGGGGAUCGCUGAUUGCCUCACCACAAGCAUCAAUCUCGUUGAAUGUUGAGGAAGAGAAUAAUGUGGAGAUGUCUGCGUAA